GUGGCAAUAUUUCUUAAAUAACUUUAACAUGGAUAUUUCGGCAAAUUCCAAUCAUUACACUACGAAAGAGGAGGAUGAGUUCUUUCUGUUUGCUCUUAAUGUUAUCGUCAAAACUGCAUUUGCAAAACCAGUGGGUACUGUUUACACAAAGGCGUCAGCGACUGACUUUGUUACUGAGACAGAUAGAGCUGUGGAAGAAUUGCUAAUUGGAAAGUUAUCUGCUCGUUUUCCUGAUCAUAAGUUUAUUGGUGAAGAGGGUGCGUCCACUGGAAAGAAAUAUGAGUUCACAGAUGCACCGACAUGGAUUAUUGUUCCUUUUCUGGGUAUUUGUGUUGGGCUUACAAUUGGGAAACAACUGCGUGCUGGCAUUGUAUAUAAUCCGAUCACUGAUGAGCUUUAUUCCGCCCAAACUGGACGGGGAGCAUUCAAGAAUGGUUUUCAAAUACAUGCUUCUUCUGCGAAAAGUCUCAAAGAAGCUGUCAUUUGUCAGUCUCAGGGAAUCCAUAACAUUCGCGAAAAAGGUCAAGAGUGGUUGGAUCUUAUGCUUGAAAAUCAGCGAAAGUUAAUUCUUGCUGGCAUUCACGGUAAUCGUAGCUUUGGAGCUGCAUCGAUAAAUAUGGUGUAUUUGGCAGAAGGUUCGAUUGAUGCUUAUGUCGAAUGCGGACUUCAUUCAUGGGAUAUGGCUGCAUCCGUUGUUAUUGUGCGUGAAGCAGGUGGUACUGUAAUUGAUCCAACAGGUGUCCCGUUUGAUUUGAUGAGCCGUAAAGUACUUUGUGCGGGUACACCCGAAUUGACCAAGGAGUUUAGUGAGCUUCUCAAGCAUAUGGAUUUUGCACCAGAAAUCUAAACAUAUUAGAAUAUGCCAAUAUAUAACACUUUAAUUUAGUCCACUGCAAUUCUUUUCUUGUGUUAUAAAUAUUAGUUUUAUGUUUUUGUAUCAAUUGGAAUAAAAUUGUUUUUAUUCUAAAUAGUUUAUAUAUGUUAUUGGAAGAUGUUCCAUAUUAUUUUUAAAGUUAUUUUCAGCAUCAGGCUUUUUAAUUUCGAAUUUUUAAAUUAGAAAUUAUGCAGGACGGGAGGCUAACUUUUUAAGGCCAAAACUAUUCGAUACACAUGUUUAUGUGGAAUUUGAAUCAGAUCGAUGCGGUCGGAUUUUUCUGAACUAAUCCGGCCCGAAGUUAAUACGGAGAUCACGGAAAACACCGGACUCCGGAAAAAUCCAGACCGGCUGAC